UGUGUGUGUGCUGUGUAUCUUUUGAUGCGCUGUGAGAGCGCGCGGGGCCGCCAUGCCGAAUGACGCCCCGCCGCCGCAGCCGCCGCCUCCCGACGCGCUGGAAGUCGUCAGCGUGGUGGGCAAGGCGGUGUGCGCAGGCGCGGCGCUCACAGCCGCUCUCUACCUGAUCCGCAGAGUGUGUCUAAUGAUGGCCUGGAAGUCAGGAGGAGCCAGCCACGCCGAGCUCGUCAACAACCUGCGCAAAAAUGGGAUCAUCAAGUCGGACAAAGUCUACGAGGUCAUGCUCACGACAGACCGGGCUCACUUCACCAGAUGCAACCCAUACAUGGACUCCCCCCAGUCAAUAGGUUACCAAGCAACAAUCAGUGCUCCCCACAUGCACGCAUAUGCCCUGGAGCUUCUCCAUGACCAGCUGUACGAGGGGGCGAAAGCUCUUGACGUGGGGUCCGGGAGUGGCAUCCUCUCCGUCUGCUUUGCCCGAAUGGUGGGUCCCAAAGGGAAGGUAAUAGGAAUAGAUCACAUCAAGGAGUUGGUGGAGGACUCGAUAAACAACGUGAAGAAAGACGACCCCAACCUGAUCACGUCGGGCCGACUGCGGCUGAUAGUGGGCGAUGGGCGGUUGGGCUUUGAGGAGGAGGCUCCUUACGAUGCCAUCCACGUGGGGGCAGCAGCACCCACUGUGCCACAAGCACUCCUGGACCAGCUGAAGCCCGGCGGGAGGCUGAUCCUGCCGGUGGGCCCGGCUGGGGGCAACCAGAUGCUGGAGCAGUAUGACAAACUGGAGGACGGCAGCACCAAAAUGAAACCCCUGAUGGGGGUGAUUUACGUGCCUUUAACAGACAAAGACAAGCAGUGGUCCAGGUGGAAGUGACUUCCUCCUCCCUCUCUCCCCCUCCUUUCCAGGGUGGCAAAGGGAUGAACUGUGAAGCAGAGGACCAUCAGAUAUCCUGCAUUUCAGUACGAACCCAAGCGGACUCCUUCAGGUCCCGGCAGCCAUUGGAUUUCAUGCAAACAUCAAUAAACAACGCUUUCCAGUUCGUUUCUUGAGGGGAACUUUAUUGUGUUUAACUGAUCGUUUCGAUGCCGUGGAGCUGCCCUGGAUUCAGGGCAAUAGACUGGUAGUUAUUUAAUGUAGAGGAGUUUGGAGGUUGACUUUUUUUUUUUUUUUUUUUCCCCCCCUAUGCCUGCACUUUUUUGGACUUUUUUUCCCCCUUUUUUUUUUUCCUCCCUUAAAUUGGAUGCAGGGUACUGGUUUCCGGGUUUGUAGUUAGAUCAAUAAAUAAUGGAAACGGUUGGAUGCGUUCCAGUUCCAUCAGCGCUAAGCAAGAGAAACACCUGCUCCCUUAUACCUGGACUGUUUUGGUGUAAAGGCCUAACAUUUAAUAGAUACCCACCUUGCCACAGCGUCUAUCUAGAUUUCUAUAUUUAAACAUCUGUAUUGCUCUGCACAUGAAUUUAAGUUCCUCCUGCAUUGUUUUUGACUGUAUUUUUUUUUUUUUUUUUAAUUCCAGCUAAUGAUAUUUAAGUGGAGCAGCACAGUUAACUUGUGGUGGUCGCAUCUCAUCAUUUUGACGCGUGUCACAUGCUGACAGUGUUUUACAGUGGCGUUGUAGCUAUUUCCCACCUAGUUGGUUGUAUGUGUGGGUGGAGCCUCUUGCCACACCCUCCCCCAGGGGGAGGAGCCUGGGUGAGGCGAUCACUGACAUCACAGCUACGCUUUCUCCUCUGCUGCACCGAAUGGCCUGUUGCCGCUGGUUUCCAAGGCAACAAUACGUGCAGGCUUUCCACCGGUGGCUGACACUAAGAAGCAUUGCUUUGCCAAAAUAAACAUCAACGCAAAGCGAGUGUCUUUUGGUUUUCUUUUUGGUCGUUUUGUUUUUAAAACGUGUGGAAUUUUAGAGCACAUUAUCUUAGAAGACAUGUUGCUUCAAGAGUCCACUAUUUAUGGAAUGGCACAUUAAAUAAAGAAGAGCUUAUGUUAUUUUUUU